AUGUUUAUUACAGUGAUGUUUGGAGCUGGCUGCUGGGAGCUGGUGAACCUGUGGUGCAGCCUGGUGACUCUCGCUGCUCACCUAAGGCAGAGGGGUCGGGUGCCUCCAGAUGCAACCAUCGCUCUCCUGGCUGAGGAUGGGCACCUGGUGAGCCUGGACAAAGACCUAGAGGAGGUGGCUCCCCAGACCCCUUCCACAGGUAGCUCCCUGCUACAAGAGCGUGGGACCUAUAUCCUCGUGCAGAUCAUCAAUGGGGAGGGUGGGGCCCCCACUCGCUAUGAGUCCCUACUGGAAAACCUGGAUGACCGGUGUCCAGAGCUGGCAAAGGAGCUACGCCGGCUAUCGGGCCUACCGCCAAUGGGCAACAGCUGGAAGAGAUGUACUGGCACUCGGUAUGGCCACCAGGAGCAAGGUCCUCCUUCAAAGCCCCAAAGGUUGGGUUCCCGGCUGUCCAGGACCCAUUAUCUGGGGCCAGGAGCCAGGCCCAAACAGAUAGUGGCCUAG